CCUCGCAGGCGAUGUCUGUGUGAGCAGCCUGCGAGCGGAGCGCGGCUCUGCCUCGACCCUCCAGAAAUGUCCAAUGAACUCGAUUUUAGAUCCGUGCGUCUGAUGAAGAAUGACACCAUGAACUUCCAGAAAUUCCCCUACACCAGCGAAGAUGAAGCCUGGAAAACCUACCUGGAGAAUCCCCUGACUGCAGCCACCAAGGCCAUGAUGAGGGUGAACGGGGACGAUGACAGCGUGGCCGCCCUGAGCCUCCUCUACGACUACUACAUGGUCCCCAAGGAGAAGAGGAUCCUCCCAGCUGGGAUGAUGGGACGCAAUGACCUGGCAAAGAGCAGGCACUGCCAUGGGAUGGAUUAUGAGCCCGAGCUCCCCUCCUUCGAUGGCUCAGCCCACCUCAUGAAGCUGCUGUCAGAAAACGUCUCGGUGAGCCAGGAGUUCUGCGAGCUGCCCAAGAAGAACAGCCUGAGUCUGGAGGCCGUCCCUGCUCCUCACAAGGCAGCCCUGCUCCCCCCAGGCACCAGCAAGCUGGAGGCCACCCCAGACAACUUCCUGGUGGCCCCAGGGGACGUGUAUGACAGCAGCUCCCUGAGCUCCCUGUUCGAGAGCCUGCCCCUGGCCCCGGGCCAGCAGCGCUGGCAGCCCGACAGCACCUUCAAGGAGGAUCCGCAGGAGACGCUGCUCUUCAGUGACAUCCUGAAACCCCAGGCAGAGCCUCCCUGCCCCGAGAGCUACCCCACAGAUGGAGUGAAGAGUGACUUUGAAUACACUCUGGGGUCACCCAAAGCCAUUCACAUCAAAUCUGGGGACUCUCCCAUGGCCUACCUCAACAAAGGACAGUUCUACCCCAUCACACUGCGGACAGCUGGAGACAGCAAAUGUUUGCACUUGUCCUCAAAUAAAGUGAAGAGUGUGGUGAUGAUUGUGUUUGACAAUGAGAAGAUCCCCACGGAGCAGCUGAAGUUCUGGAAGCACUGGCACUCCCGGCAGCCCACGGCCAAGCAGAGAGUCAUCGACGUGGCUGACUGCAAGGAGAACUUCAACACGGUGCAGAACAUCGAGGAGCUGGCCUACAACGCCCUGUCCUUUGUGUGGAACAUCCACGAGGAAGCCAAGGUGUUCAUUGGGGUGAACUGCCUGAGCACAGACUUCUCCUCACAGAAGGGGGUGAAGGGAGUCCCCCUGAACCUGCAGAUCGACACCUACGACUGUGGCAGUGGCAGCAGCCAGCUGGUGCACAGGGCUGUCUGCCAGAUCAAGAUCUUCUGUGACAAGGGAGCAGAGAGGAAAAUGAGGGAUGAUGAAAGGAAGCAGUUCCGAAGGAAAGGAAAGUGCCUGGACUCCAACAACAACGGUCUGAAAGGCUGUUUGCUCUCUGGCUUCAGAGGGAACGAGAUCACCUUCCUGCGGCCCGAGAGCGACCUGGAGACGCAGCCGGUGCUCUUCAUCCCCACCGUGCAUUUCCCCACCCCCCAGAGGUGUGGCUCGGUGCUCCCUCCUGCUGUUCCCAACUCUGCAAACAGGCUGCCCCUGAAGAGGAGCGGUGCCUCCUUCACCGAGGACUUCGACCCCUCUCCUCCAAAGCACAGCAAGGAUGAAGAUCCUCAGAGAGUGCUGCUCUACGUGCGCAGGGAGUCUGAGGAGGUGUUUGAUGCUCUCAUGUUGAAGACCCCGGAUCUGCAGGGCCUCAGGACAGCUAUUUCAGAAAAAUAUGGGCUUCCUGAAGAAAGCAUUUAUAAAGUCUACAAAAAGUGCAAAAGAGGGAUCCUGGUGAACAUGGACAACAACAUCAUCCAGCACUACAGCAACCACAUGGCCUUUCUGCUGGACGUGGUAGAGGCAGAGAACAAGUUCCAGAUCAUCCUCAAGGAGCUCUAAAGAGC